AACGGAAGGGGCGUGGUUCUGGGAGCGGAAGUGGCCCGGACUCGGAAGUGCGGGCUCUUGUGCCGCCGCUGUCUAGAAAGCCUCAGGAUGGGGACGCCGGUGGAAGGGAAGAACAAGCGGAAGAAAAAGAAAGGUGCCAAGGAGGGAGAAGAUCCGGAGGACGGCGUUCGCGGGAAUCCGACCGGAGACUAUGUGGUUGGACAAGUCGCCGGCAGCUUGUUCCAGAACAGGCGCCCCUCCAGAAAUAGUACAGCUCGGCUGGCGUCCCUCUUCAGCUCUUUAGAGCCUCAGCUCCAACCCGUGUAUGUGCCCGUACCUAAAGGAACCACCAAAAAAAGGAAACGGGAUGAGGAGGAAGAAAGUACAUCCCAAAUUCAAGUACCACUUUUGCAAGAACCUUCACAAAAAACGAAAGUGAAGAAGAAACUUUCUGCUGCAGACACAAAGUUGGCAAACAGGGAAAACGCUCUAGCAAGUGCUGAUUUAGAAGAAGAAAUUCACCAAAAACAAGGACCGAAAAGGAGGGCUUCCCGAUCUGGUAUUAAAGCGGCAGAUAAAAAAGUGCUCGAAGAUAUAGAUCACACAGUUGUAAGUCAGAGAAAGAAAAGCGAAAUCAACCAAGAAGAAGAGAGAUUAAAGAAUGAGAGAACAGUGUUUGUUGGGAAUUUGCCUGUCACAUGUAAUAAGAAGAAGCUGAAGUCAUUUUUUAAAGAAUAUGGACAGAUAGAAUCUGUACGAUUUCGUUCUCUGAUCCCAGCAGAGGGAACUCUUUCCAAAAAAUUGGCAGCAAUAAAACGUAAAAUUCAUCCCGAUCAGAAAAAUAUUAAUGCUUAUGUUGUGUUUAAGGAUGAGAGCGCUGCUACAAAAGCAUUGAAAAGAAAUGGGGUCCAGUUUGCAGAUGGAUUUCGUAUUAGAGUUGAUCUGGCAUCUGAGACUUCAUCUAGAGACAAGAGAUCAGUAUUUGUGGGGAAUCUCCCAUACAAAGUGGAAGAAUCGGCAGUUGAGAACCACUUUUUGGACUGUGGGAGUGUUGUGGCAGUAAGGAUUGUGAGAGACCCAGUCACUGGAGUCGGCAGAGGGUUCGGCUACGUACUCUUUGAGAAUACCGAUGCUGUUCAUCUUGCUCUGAAAUUAAAUAAUUCUGAACUGAUGGGAAGAAAACUCAGAGUCAUGCGUUCUGUCAAUAAAGAAAAAUUAAAGCCAAAUUCAAAUCCCAUUUCUAAGAAUGUCAGUAAACCUAAGCAGGGACUUAAUUUCAAUUCAAAGAAUAUAGGACAUUCUAAAAGUUUGUUUAUUGGAGAAAAAGCUGUUAUCCUUAAGAAGAAAAAGAAAGGGCAGAAGAAAAAUGGACAGACUAAGAAACAGAAAAAACAGAAGUAACAAUCUGAAGAUUAUUUUACUCCUACUGAGUACUCAUAAUAAAAGUGUGGUAAACCCAUGUA